CUGCCACACGGUUGUCAUGACAACGGUUUAGAAGCGAGUUAGUUGGAAUGAGGAGGACAGCAAAGGUUUAGUUAUAGUGACACGAUGUGACUACCAUAAACAGGCUGAAUGGAUAUCCUUGAAGCUCAGCAGUUUCUCGUAAGCUGCACUGCAUCACUAAUUUUGCAUCAUGGAUUGUUGGAGCAUGAGGGUAAAAAGGCUACCCUACAGGAAAUUGUGAUGGUCAGACUGGGCAGCUUUAUGCUUAAAAAUGUGGCGAAUUUUGAAAGCUGCCUGUCAUUGAGGAUUUGCAUCCUAGCCGACAACUUCAUCACCAACAUAGCUGCUUUGUCAGAGUGUGCGCAUUUGGUGAAGUUAGAUCUGAGUGGAAAUCAGAUAACACAACUACCCGAUGUAGACUUUUGGAAAAGGUUUAAGAAACUGCAGCUACUAAAUCUUCAUGACAACAAUAUGUCAACCAGACAGCAUGUUAUAGGGUUAUCUGGCUGUCCAAACUUGUAUGCUCUGACCCUGAAUGACACACCCUUGAGCUUGAGGGGAAGCUACAGGCACUGCAUUGUCAACAGCUUGUGGUCACUGAAAGCUUUGGACAAGUACGUCAUUGCUGAUGAGGAGAUCAUCGAAGGUUUUACACUUACUCCUAAAUUCAAAAAAAUGACCCCUAAUUUAGCAGUUGAUCUUCACCCUGCCUCAAAAAUGGAACCCUUCAAGAUUGAAAUGAAGUUGGUCGUGAAGAUAAUCUCAAAGAUUAAUCAGAUCCAAGCAAUGUAUUCUCCAACUUUAGUUAUCCAGAAAUGGAUUAGAGGUCAUCUUACCAGGAAAACUCUUAAUAUCACAAGUACAAUAUGGCACUGGCGAGUGAGAAAAAGACAGCUUUCACCCAUCAUAUCUGAGGCCACAAGCGAAGACACUUCUUAUUCUGACAAACAGCCAGCCUUGCUCACAGUACCUGUGGUUGACAAACAUAAACAUGUGAGCUACAAGGCAUGUUGGUUUGAUAACUGGUACUUUAAAAUUAUGAAUUAUGUAAUUUAUACAUAAAGCUGUAGUUACCAGACAUUGUAAAUAAACAUGUUGUUUACAUAAUUUAUUUACCACCUAGGAACAGAAUAAAGGGGGUUUGAACAUGAAGC